UCGCCUGCUCCGCAGAGGACGCUGCUGCGAUGUCCGAGACUGCUCCCGCCGCCGCCCCUGAUGCGCCAGCCCCUGGUGCCAAGGCCGCCGCCAAGAAGCCGAAGAAGGCAGCGGGCGGCUCCAAAGCCCGCAAGCCGGCGGGCCCCAGCGUCACCGAGCUGAUCACCAAGGCCGUGUCCGCCUCCAAGGAGCGCAAAGGACUUUCUCUCGCCGCCCUCAAGAAGGCGCUGGCCGCCGGCGGAUACGAUGUGGAGAAGAACAACAGCCGCAUCAAGCUGGGGCUCAAGAGCCUCGUCAGCAAGGGCACCCUGGUGCAGACCAAGGGCACCGGCGCCUCCGGCUCUUUCCGGCUCAAUAAGAAGCCCGGCGAAGUGAAGGAGAAAGCCCCCAAGAAGCGGGCGGCCGCGGCCAAGCCCAAGAAGCCGGCGGCCAAGAAGCCAGCCAGUGCUGCCAAGAAGCCCAAGAAAGCAGCGGCGGUGAAGAAGAGCCCCAAGAAAGCCAAAAAGCCGGCGGCCGCUGCGGCCAAGAAAACGGCCAAGAGCCCCAAGAAGGCAGCAAAGGCGGGUCGCCCCAAGAAAGCAGCGAAGAGCCCGGCCAAGGCAAAGGCGGUGAAGCCCAAAGCCGCCAAGCCCAAGGCGACCAAGCCCAAAGCAGCCAAGGCAAAGAAGGCGGCGCCUAAGAAGAAGUAAAUUAUUCCACAAGACUUCUGGUCUACAUAUUUUGUUAUCCAACGGCUCUUUUAAGAGCCACCCACACUUUCCCUAAAGGAGCUGAGGCACCAAGAUCGUCAGUAACCUGCAGCAAGGAUCCAGUAAUUCGUAAGUCCUCAGAAGAGAAUUGUCUCCCCUCAUCACCCUCUACGAUUACCGAAAGAGACGUUAAAGAGCACGGUAUAAUGCAGCGGCUCUAGGGAAGUAUAGACUUUUGUAUCUUUUUUGCCGAGUAAUUGGUUUGACUACCAAGAAGCAAUGUUUUAUAUUUGAUAUGUCUUAUGAUUUGAUAAAAAUCGGGUGUCUGUUUUUUUAAAGUAUAUAUUUUGUAACAAGAGUAAUGCAAUUGCCAGGCACGCUACUACUGAGCCAUGUCUAAUAUAUUGUAUUAUUUCUCUUAAAGUAUCUCCUUAAAUGGUUUUCUGUAUUUGGGGGAGGGUGAGGGGUGAUGUUUCAUUUUAAUAGCCCUGAGCUCUCCCACUUCUUUUGUUCCCGGGGAGAGGAGGGGAAAAAAGCCCAAGAGUUUUCAAGUGUUGAAAAAGCCCGCCCUGCCCCAGGAUUGGCCUGCGGAGAGCCCGGCCCGCGGCCUCUUCCCCCUCCCCCCUCCCCCCUCCCCCCUCUCCGUAGUCGGUUGCGCCUCUUCAUCGCUGGCACUGUUUCACUCUCGCGGAAGAAAAGCGCGGAAGAGAGGGAUGGGAGCCUUCAGUGAAACACAAGUGUUCCAGUGUUCUCUAGCAUAAAAAAAAUACAUGGAAAUUAAUAUCCCUCACCAUUUAGAACUUAUUUUGAGAAGACGUUUUGGCACGACUCUGGGUUAACAGAAACAUGGGAAGCAUUGCUACCAAAAACACGUUGUUAAUAAACAUGCAGAAAAUAAGACAAAA